AUGCGUUUCUCUAUCGCUGCUCUCGUUGCCGGUGCCGCUGGCGCCGUUGCCUCCGGCGUGACCACUGAGGUUGUCACUGCCUACACCACCUACUGCCCCGAGGCCACUUCCAUCGUCCACGGCAGCCAGACCUACAGCAUCUCCACCCCCGGCCACAUCACCAUGACCAACGGCCCCUACACUGUCACCCGUCCUAUCCAGACCUCCGCCGUGACUCAGUGCCAGAGCUGCUCUACCGCCGUUCCCCAGGUUAGCGCCAGCAGCGUUCCCGUCAUCCCCAUUGCUCCUACCGCUGCUGCCUCUACUCCUCUGGUUCCCGGCGUUGAUGCCACCGGCUCUGCUGGUGCCUCCGGUACUCCCGUGCCCUCUCCCGUCUUCAACGCCGCUGCAGCUAACGCUGCCGCCGGUGCUGGUGCCGGUCUCGCGGCCGUCUUCGGUGCCUUUGCCCUCCUGCUGUAA